CCCCUCCCCAGGCCGCUGCACAGCAGAGCCAUCGCCAGGCUCAGGCUCGGGCUGCUUCGGAGGUAAGGCUGUCCUCGUCACCGCGGAUCUCCUCUCCUCACCUUCAGCGGCUCUGUCCCGACCGCCAUCACCCGUCCUGCUCUGCAGCCUUUGUCGGUUUUGUGUGCAGCAGUGAAGAGGAGGAGGAGGAGGAGGAGGAGGAGGAGACGGAGGAGAUUGCUGUGCUACCGUUUGGUCCUCAAGGGGAGGAGCCAGUUGUCGAUCCUACGCUGCAAAGAGAAGACGCCGUGCAGAGAGGAUUGCUAACAGCGGAGGGGAGGUCUAUAACGAUGGAGGACAGUCAACCACUUCAGGACUAAUUCACCCUGAGCAAACAGCAGUGGAGGUGGAGGAGGAAGAGGAGGAAAGAAGACUGAAGAGAGACAAAGUAAACCACAUGAUCUUCCCUGGGAAAGGUUCCAAAUUAGUGAUGUUCCCCUCAGGCAGGGAUUACCUCCUCCCCACCGUCUCCCUCUCCAUCUCUCCCACUCUUCCUCCCUCGUACAGCAGAGCAGCCGUCCAACUCCGGGACUCCAAGCCGUGAGAGCUCACUCUGCUCACCCACCCACACACACAGACACACACACGCAUACACACACACACACACACACACACACGCACACACACACACACGCACACACUGUCACACACGCGCAUACACACAAACACUCAUAGCUUUCGCAUCCUGCUCAUGGUCGUUGGCCUGUCCUCCUCGGCGGCUGCUCCUGCUCUAGUCCUAGACCAUGAAGAGGCCCAAGCAGCAGACGGGGCCUCUGAGCUUCCUGAACUUCUUCAGCCGAAAGCCCAAAUCGGAGCCGAGGCCCGAGAGGCCCGUGGAAGCCUGGCCCAAAGAGGAGGUGGCCAUCACUCUGACUCCAAGCGAGCAUCCGGAGCAGCAACACAACCUCACGUCAGAAGAGACUGGAGACUCAAGAGCUUCUGGAGUAGAAAGAGGAGAAGGAGGAGGUCCGCCAGCAGCGGCUGAGGCGGGCGCCGCAGACGGGGCCGCCGCAGAUGGGGCCGCCGCCGCCGCGGGAGAGUGCGCGGGCGGGGCCGGCAGCGGCUCCACUGGCGUCUUGUCCCUCUCCUCCUCCAGCCAAGACCAGCUGCUGGACGAACACCUGGAGGAGUGCCCACUGUGCCUGCUCAGUCAGCCGCGCUGCCACUUCCCGCGGCUCACCUCCUGCUCCCACCGUGCGUGCUCGGACUGCCUCCGCCAGUACCUGCGCAUCGAGAUUUCGGAGAGCCGGGUGGGCAUCGCGUGCCCGCAGUGCCCCGAGACGCUGGCCCCGCUGGAUGUUCGCGCCAUUCUGGAUGACAGGGCACUGCUGGAGAGGUUCGAGGAGUACCAGCUGAGGCGUUUUCUCGCUUCUGAUCCAGACACGCGCUGGUGCCCUGCACCUGACUGCAGCUAUGCAGUGAUAGCUUACGGCUGUGCAGAGUGUCCCAAGCUGAGCUGUGGCCGCGAGGGAUGUGAUACAGAGUUCUGCUACCACUGUCGGCAGCUGUGGCACCCCAACCAGACGUGUGACCAGGCCCGGCGCCAGCGAGCCCGGCACACCUCAGGUGGCAAUGAUCCCUCCACGUUGUACGUCUUCAAUGAAGAAUCUGGAGGAGAUGCAGAGGAGAUCAAAGCGUGUCCUCGCUGCGGUGCCUACAUCAUGAAGACCAACGACGGCAGCUGUAACCGCAUGAACUGCACUGUAUGUGCCUGUCAGUUCUGCUGGCUGUGUAUGCAGGAGAUCACCGACGUGCACUACCUCAGUCCCUCAGGAUGUACAUUCUGGGGGAAGAAGCCAUGGUCUCAAACCCGCAAGGUACUAUGGCAGGUGGGCAUGUUGCUUGGAGCACCUGUGGUCAUCUCCCUUAUAGCGGGCAUCGCCAUCCCAGUCAUCAUAGUGGGCAUACCAAUCUACAUGGGCCGUAAGGUCCAUGGCCGUUGUAAGAAAAACAAUAUCUCAGGAAGUAAGCACUACUUGACUGUGGCGAGUGGGGUGAUGAUGUCUGUGUUUGUGUCGCCGGUCAUAGCGGCUGUCACUGUGGGUGUGGGUGUGCCGUUGAUGCUGACGUAUGUCUAUGGAGUUGUCCCCAUGUCACUCUGUAGGAACGGUUGGUGUCGACCGCAGAGUGAGCCCCCGGAAUCCCACAAAAUCCAACUGGAAGACUUAGCCAGCUAUCUUCUAUUCUCUCAUGUAGUCAGUGAUCACUGGACGGGUCAGAGCAACUCGACGCUCAGCAACACCAGCGUCCAGGAAGUCAGAGUCAGCGUGCAGGAAGUGGGCGUCCUCCCGAGCACGAGUACCACGCCCCCGGAGCUAGAUAGAUAUGUGGGACUGGAAGAAGCCACAAAACGCCAUGGAUACACCCAGCAGGACAGGCAGUCUGACUGCGAGGUGGUUAUUGUGCCUGACAACAAGCUUGAUGACACACAAGCACCUUCUUUGAGGGAAGGAACCAACAUUGAGGUUCGUGUUGAAAUUGAGACCCACCCCAGGGGCGCCCGCCAGUCCAGCCUAAGUAGCAUCCUGUCUAGCCGAAGCUUGUCGGCGGAGUCGCUGGGACAGUCGCAGUCCCAGUCCCAAGACUACCUGUGUGCCUCAGAACUGGAGGAAAGACGAGAUGGAGCAGGAGGAGGAGGAGGAGGAGGAGAAGAAGAGCAGGAGGGGAGAGAGAAACCAGGCGGGGAUGCAGGAGGAUACGAAGGGACAGUUUACCCAGUCUUCGAAGUGGACGGUGUAUGAGGUCCUUCGUUGCAGGUUUUGAACUUGGUUGAAGAUUUAGUCGGGUUUCAUGGAACUACGCGAUUCCAUGCGCUGACGUGCGACUGGACUUACCUGAGAAUCGUUGGCCAAGGCCACCUCCUGCUUCCAAGAUGGGCCCUCCCACCAGAUGCCUUCUAGCUCCACCCUCUAAGGAAGAUGCGGGUUUAGAGAGAGAAAAUUAAAGAGUGUGCGUGAGAGUGUGUGUGAGACAAAUAGCAUGAGAAUGAGACUGUGACGUGACAACUGGAGGGCUAUACGCUGUAAAGCAGACAGGAGAGCAUGUUAGCCGACUAGUUGGGUCUGUUUUUUUUUCUAUGUUAUCCUUUCGGAAAGAAACUACCUUACUCUCCCUCUAUUAUAAAUCUAGUUCAUGAAGUCCUGUCUUCAUCUGGCUGUUAUCUUUUUAGUGACCUCACCUCCCUCUCCCCCUGCCCUUAACAAAUAAUAAAUAAAGAGUGCAUGACUUGUUUUAUGGCAGGCUAAAAAAUCCACUGCCUCGUCAGUGAGUUAAUUUAAAACCUUUCCAAAGCCAUGCUGCAAGACGGGGUGAAUUUUUACUAUCGGAAAGAACAUGUCCAACAUUUUAAGAUGCAGUGUUCACACAUGGAUCGGGCGACUUUAAACGGACAACGCAUGCCGCACUGUUUGAUAAUGUUGGGGAAACGGAAAGCGCUCACACCUGCUAACUGCUGUUCUUUAUUGGAGUCAAAGGUGCUCUGUGGCAUUGUGGCAGCGGUAGUUUUGAAUUGACUAGAGGGCUUAUAAAUAUCAUGGGUUAUCACUUAAUCACAGAUCCACAGUCUUCCAUGGAAGCAGUUGGGCGGCAAUGUCAUUAUUGCAUUGUUUUAAUGCAGCUUUCAGGCUUCAUUGGGUUACUUCCUUUGAAACUGAAGAGAGAGCUAAUUCUUUGGUUUAUUAAAAAAAAUAAAAAUAUAUUGCUCUCUUUGAUCUCUGAUGUAGUACAACAUGGCAGCAGCACUGCGGUCUUAACUUUUUAAAGCAUGAUUCUACUACUCGCUGUGUAUCCAGAGUAAUACGUAAAACACAUGCAGGUUCACACGCUCACGGCACCGCUGCAGUCGAGUGCGCUGCUGAGAGCAUUAAAUAAACUAAAGAUUCUCUCAAAUGAUCACAGAGCACCGAAAUUACAACAGCAGCAUGCCACCGCAGGCUAAACUCUAGUAACUCCUUCUAGAUGAUCUGUGAGACAUACAGUGACUAUACAGUCUAUACAUGCACUGCUUAGCUUCCUGAGUGUGAAAUACUUGUGAGAUGAACUUGACAUGAAAACAUGUGCCAGGUUGUGGGGAGAAAUUAAUAAAGAUUUCACCAUGAAGGAUGAAAACACAACACA